CUCUCAGCACCCUAAAUUUCAGCCUAUUGUGAAGCUAACAAGGGUCAAUGCCAUCGAAUCUCAAGGAGUGUACAAUAUAAAUCAUAUCCGCCAACAGUGUGUGGAAACAUUUAAAUACAAAUUGAAUUCUAAACAUAAUGAAGGGAUUCGUGGGAGUAAGAAACCGUAUCACUGUCCUGAAGGUGGGAAACAAUUCUCAGAUAGUCACAUGCCUAAGAAACAUAGAGAAGAUAAUACAGGGAAGGAGCCAUACCACCGUUCUGAAUCUGUUAAGAACUUUUCAAAACACAGCCAUACCACAACUCCCAUUAUAGAGAAACCAUAUUGUUUGUCUAAACGUGGCAAACGAUUCUCACAAAUAAGCCACCUUCAGACACACAUGAGAGAUCAUGGAGGACAAGGUUCAUGUCGUUGUCCAGCAUGUGGUAAACAUUUCUUUGACCAGAGCAGUCUUUGCAAACACAAAAGAAUUCACACUGGAGAGAAACCAUAUUGUUGUUCGGAAUGUGGCAAACGGUUCUCACAAACAAGCCAUCUUCAGGUACACAUGAGAGUGCACACGGGAGAACAGCCAUUUUCCUGUUUUGAAUGCGGCAAACGAUUUUCAGAUAGCAGUAAUCAUCAGAGGCAUUUAAGAAUUCACACUGGUGAGAAGCCCUAUUGCUGUCCUGAAUGUGGCAAAAGAUUUUCCAACACGAGCAGUCUUAUGAGUCAUGCAGGAGUCCACACUAAAGACCAUCCUUAUGCCUGUUCUUAUUGUGGCAAGACAUUCUCACAAAGAAGCAGUCUUCGUAUACAUAUAAGAACACACACUGGAGAGAGGCCAUACUCUUGUCCUGAUUGUAAUAAGCUAUUCACCGAUAACAGCAGCCUUCAUAGACACAAAAGAAUUCAUUCUGGAUUAAGGCCAUAUUGUUGCUUUGAAUGUGGCAAGCGAUUCAUACAACCGUGCAGUCUUCAGCGACACGUAAGAAUUCACACAGGAGAAAAGCCAUACCAUUGCUCUAAGUGUGGAAAAAGAUUCAUACAGAAAACUCAUCUUCAGGGACACAUGAAAAUUCAUGCUAAAAAGGCAAAAUCCAAAGAGACUGUAAAUAACAAAAAGAAAAAAAAUCUGAAAUAAUUCAGUCAAGUGUGGAAAGAAAAUUGGAAUUGCUCUGCUAGUUGGUUACACAGAAUGCAUUUGACAAAAAAUUGCAGACUCUUUUAGGCAACCCUGCUUAUUAAUUUCAGUUCAUUUACCAUAAGAAAGAGGCAUUUGCUGCUGAGGCCAACACAGGUCUUACGAGUCUAAAAAGUCAAAUGUAAUGUACAAAACAUCCAAAUGCCACAAGAGAUGAUAAACAUGCAGACUUCAAAAAUACAACAACAGAAGCAAAAUCAAACCAUACAAGGAUGAGCAAAUACAACCAUUUUUAAAAGGGGAGAAAGGUGUCAUUAAUGGAGGAAACACAGAUCUCAUAGUUAAAAAGAAAAGGCAGUUGGACAUGGUCAAGAUGGGUAGAUGCACAAAAGAAACAAGUUGAAGAAGAUAAGAUGAAAAUGUACUCUCUUGAAUCCAAAGUGAAAAACUCCAUAACAGAGAUAAAAUCUAAAAACUUUUGAAUAUAAAGAACACUGACUAUCUUCAGCCUCCUACAAUACCAAACCACAAUGUUCAUUUCCAUAGCAAUGGAAAUCGAGCCCAAAGAAAAGGACAUACAACUAGAAACUUGAAACAAGUUUACAUUUUUAUUCAGCUUUGGUUCCCCUUGUUGAGCAUAAAAUAUAGCUCAUUACCAUCUGUGCUGUUUAUUUCCACCCAUGUUUACAUUUUUAUAUCCAGUCAGUCCAGCUUAGGGUAUACUGGGGGCCAGAGGCUAUCCCAGCAGCAUUUAGUGCAGAGCCUUUGAAAGUUUUAAUUAUUACACAUUCACAAAUACUCUUGGGAGUUACUAAAAGUUUAACCUGCAAGUUUUUGUAACGAAGGAAAACUGGAGGCGUAAUCAAUUCAUAGGUAGAAAAUAUUUGUAGAGAUUUAGAAUUCUCUGCAGAUGAUUGAUUUUAUACAGGUAUUGUAGUGUUUUGUUUUUGGCCUCCUUAAGUUUUCUUAUGUAAAUUAACAUGCUUUUUAUCAUAAUUUUGCACCAAAUUUUUUGUCAUCUUUUUAUUAGUCAAUUUACAUUAUUUUUAUCUUAAUAGUGUAAUAUAUUUCAGAGUGUAGGGUCAUUUUAUUUUAUUUGGUUUUCUUCUGUUUAUUUGUGUAAUAUUCUUUGUAUCAUAGUUAUGCAAUUGCAUUUUAAUGUAUAGUGUAAUUUUAUUUUAUUUGCUCUUCUUACAUGUAUUGAUUAAUUUAAAUUUAACAGUCUUUCUGUUUUUAUUUGCCAUAUGUAAAAUGUCCGGUCUUGUACUAACUGGGCUUUCCAUUUAUAGUGCAUUACCAUUAACUGGUAAGCAAGUGAAAUUCCCAACUGCUUUGCCAAAGAAGAGCCAGAAGUGCAGCGUGGGUUUUGUCUUUGGGCCUUUCAGCUGCUAAGACCGGCUGUGUCUGAUUUUGGGAAACUGCUGGAUGAAUACAGAACAAGAAAGAUAUGGAAGGUGGUGUGUUUU